GAAUGGGACAGAUUAUGUGUUUCUGGUACGUCAGAACUCUGAACUGCUGCGGGCCCUUGAUGAGCUGGAGAAGACUUGCACCACAUUGAAGGAGGAGAAUUUCCUGCUGCGGAAGAGCAGUGCUCCUGAGACCGAGGAGAAGGUCAGGCGCCUAAGAAGAAAGAACACAGAGCUGGGCUGUCCUUGCAAAGAGACUUGAAGGAGGGCACGAAAACUGCAGAGGCCAACCUCAAAGUGAUAAAUUCCCCUUCAUUGAUGAGGCAUGGAGCAGUAGAACAGUGUAAAAGAGCUUUUGCACGUCAGCGAGCACGUGACCUAGCACACCAUGCAGAUGCCCUGCUGUCUAAGGACAAGGAGAUUGCUGCACUGCAACAGAACUGCAGAGAUCUGGAGGCACAGGUGGGCACAACAAAGAGUUCCCCUCCACCAUCCUGCAAAGGAGAAUUUGAGAAGCUUCUCAGGGAGUCUCAGAGGGAGGUGCUGCGGCUUCAGAGACAGCUGUCGGUCAAGUCGUCCAGACAGCAGCAGCAUGACCGCAGCUCUGCCACAGGUGCACCAGAGGAUUGUGGGAAAAUUGAGGAGGUGGCGAGAGAAGAGAAGGUUGCGUUAGAGACCCCGUGCGUGGCAUUAGAUGAGGCGCCAUUCAGGUGUAAGAAGACUCCUGGAGAGGAGGAGGAGGCGGGACUGCGAGUGACGCCCCCUCCGGGCUUCAGCCCGACCCCCUCCCGUCAGGAGGAACACACAGAGGAGCAGCGCCUACAGUUUCUGGAAAGUGAACUCAGCAAGAAGAGAAAAGAAUGUGAAAACCUCGAGCAUGAAGUAAAGAAGCGACAGAAAAGAUGUCUGGAUUUGGAGAGCCAGCUUGAGGAUGAGCGAAGCAAAAAUGAGCAAAUAAAGGAGGAGGCGGAUCUCCUCAGGAGGAAGGCACAGCUGCUCGAACAGACUCAGGCUGAGAAUGAGGAGCUGAGGGAAGAUCUCUCUGAAGUGACCGCUCAUCACAAUUCAGUUCUCGAGGAGAACCAGAGACUCCGUUCCAAACUGGAGAACCUAGAGCAGGUCCUAAAGCAUAUGCGAGAGGUCGCUGAGCGAAGGCAGCAGCUGGAAUUGGAACAUGAGCAGGCACUGGCUAUCCUUAAGUUCAAACAGGAUGAAAUCAAACGAUUACAGCGGGCUCAGUUAUUCGCCAAGAGGGAACAUGAAGGAGUGGUCCAAAUGCUUGAGUCAAAGGUCCGAGAGCUGGAGGAGAAAUGUCGCAGCCAGAGUGAACAGUUUGGCUUUCUGUCCCAAGAGUUGGAGAAGUUCAGAAUACAAGCUUCAAAGGUGGACUUGGCCAGCGCUGCCCUCCUUACCAAUCCAAGUCUCUCUGUUCUGACCAAUGGAAUGGGCCUAACAACAGAACAAGACUACAACGAUGACCCAUUGGAUAUGGUGUCUCUGGGUGAAAUAGCCUUCUGGAGUCUGGAGGGAGGUGAUGCUCUCCCUUGUCCUGAGGGGAAUGAGCCACUUGAUGUGGCUGCUGCACUCCGGAUGGGGGCCACCCCCCACGCUGCAGGACUGUCCAGGGUGGAGCGAUCACCUGUCACCAAGCAUCGAGAGCUGCCCACCAUUAGUGUUAGCAAAUCAGCGUCUUCCUCCAACAAGUCAGAGACUACACACCUCAAAACCAAAUCUGAUACUCAUCUAAGUCCACACAAGUCAAGCCCAACACACGAGGUGGACACAGCCAGUGAAGUAGAGGACUUGGACAUUGAUGUGUCUCCGGCACCUUUCCCAGCCAGCAGAGGAGCAGCAAAGCUUCAAGUUUUUAUUGCACGAUACAGCUAUAAUCCCUAUGAUGGCCCCAAUGACAAUCCUGAGGUGGAGCUGCUGCUCACUGCUGGAGAAUACAUCUACGUGUAUGGAGACAUGGAUGAUGAUGGUUUCUAUGAAGGGGAGCUGAUGGAUGGGCGGCGAGGGCUGGUCCCUUCUAAUUUUGUUGAGCGCGUUUCCGAUGAUGAUGUUAUUGGCUCUCACCAUCCAGAGACAGGGGACAUGUCCCAUAACUCUCUGCUCGACAGCAGCCUGCGCAGUGCCAGCCACCAGCACCACCUCCAUCUGGGUGUUAGCACCUCAGAAAGGACAGAGGCCUCUGCUGCUUCUGGCCUUGCCUCAGUUUCAGCUUCGGCCUUGGCUGUCCCAGCCCCCCUCACCAACGGCCUGGAUUUGGAUUUAGAGGAGGUGGGAGUGGACCUCGUGCCUUACCCACGAAAGCUCACGCUCAUCAAGCAGCUUGCCAAGAGCAUCAUCAUCGGCUGGGACCCUCCGCUGGUGCCGGCUGGCUGGGGCAACGUUUGGAGCUAUAACGUGUACGUGGACCAGGAGCUGAGGCUGAAUGUGCCCUUUGGUGCUCAGACAAAAGCAGUCCUGGAGCGGCUCGACAUAAACCUCAAAGCCUACCGAGUUUCUGUGCAAAGCCUGACGGAGAAAGGCCUCUCUGACCAGCUGCGCUGCAGCAUGCUUGUUGGACGAGAUGUAUGUGUGGCACCAACGCAGCUGCAUGUGGACAGAAUCACCGCCACCUCUGCCAACCUGACCUGGCUGCCCAGCAACAGUAACUAUGUGCACAUUGUGUCCUUGAACGAUGAGGAGUGUGAGCUGGUGAAGGCUGGCUGCUACUCGCUGUGCCUCAAUAACCUUUUGCCCAGCCAGCAGUACACCGUCAAAGUGGAGGCACGGCCGCACCGCACGCCGUGGGAGUUGUCUGCUGAGCGACGUGAACACAGAAGUGCAACAGUCACCUUUACGACAAAGAUGGCAGGGCCUCCUGAUGCUCCUCUGGAUGUCCAGCUGGAGCAUGGUCCAUCACCAGGGAUUGCACUGAUCAGCUGGCUGCCAGUCACAAUUGAUGCUGCUGGGACCUCCAAUGGAGUUCGUGUCACUGGCUACACUAUAUAUGCUGACAAGAAAAAGGUGCUGGAGGUGUCAUCCCCAACAGCCGGCAGUGCUCUGCUUGGCCCGUCUCAAAUCCAGUCUUUGCAGGCUGCACAGGAACUUACUGUCCGCACCACAUCUGCCCACGGAGAAUCCUGUGACUCUUUGCCAGUCACCGUGCCCUCUAAACUGGCUGCCAUCAUGGCAGGUCCAGUGAUGACUGCCCCUGUUAUGCCACCCCCACCCUGCAUCCCUGUAGUUCCUAGUACCCUGCCGUUACCACCAUCCUACGGGAUCUCUGCUGCCAAAGUCUCCAUGCUGUCCAGCACUUUGCCGUCAGACGCACAUGACACUGGCCUCAUAGUGGAGGCUCCUGCCAAUCCUCCUCAUGCCCUCCACUCAGAAGGUCUUCUUUCUUCUGCCUCAUAUGUGAAGGCCUGGGCCAACCCCUCAUCUGCUGCUGCCUUGCCAGAAUGUGAGGCCAAAUUACCAAUGGCCUCCACAAUCACUCCAGUGGUUCAUGUGACCUCACGCACCACCUCAGCACCACAGCCACCUCCAGUGGCAACACCAACGCUUGCACAAGCACCAGUCAUGUUAGCCACAGCAGUACUGGAGCAACGCAGGGACACAGACAGCCCUGGAACAAUAUGUCCUUUCCCGUCUAUGACUGAGUUCCUCGACGACCCCAGUGCCAAGCUCGGAACCCCUGAGCGCAUCCCUACCCCGCCCAAAGCUCCAGUCACAGACCUUCUUAACCCUCAGGACAACCAUGUUCUCCGACCCCCCAGCACAUCACCGCUGGAUUCAGAGGUGGAGGAUGAAAGAGAGAACACACGCAUGGUGUCCAUUGAGGAGUUCCUAAGACAGGACCAAGAACCGGUGUACUGCAGGAGGCAGCAGAGCUACGGCAGAGGAAUUGCAGAGCCUCUGAGUGAUUACCACCCAGACAACAGCCACUCAGAUCUGUCUGACAUCCUGGAGGAAGAGGAGGAGGACCUUUACUCUGACCACCUGGCUGAAGCACAGCCCAGAGGAUACACAGUUGGCACUAACAAGUCAGGCAAGUUGGACCCUCCUGACAGUGAUGAGGAGGUUCCAGAGAGGAUCCUUAAGUUGCCUCUUCAGGUCUGCUGCAGCAAGCAGCUCUUCAGCAUUCCUGAGGUGACUGAGGAGGAAGACAGCAGCGAUGAAGAAGCUUUGCCCCACUGCAGUCAGUCUCGGCCCAGGCCCGGCCACCGAGACUCAGAACGCUUCCACCGUGCCUCCCAGCUUCACCCACAUCACACUUACCCCAGCUCUAAUCCGCACACCAGCCCUCACAUUCCCCCUUUCCACAGGGACCACAGAGCCCCAGCCAAAGCGCCUUUACGCCGGCACGGAACCUUGCAGGUCAAACCUAAACUGCAGCACAGGGUCCACUACGCAGACAUGGUGGACACUGCGAGUUACCCUCAAGAGGAGGACAUGUGUUUAUAUGAAGGUUGCACCAACAGACGGAUGUCAGCCCACUGUCCUCCACAUCCAACCCCUCAGAGUAGAGAGAGAAGACUAAUUGGAGGGCUAGGGGACCGCCUUAGGAGGGAGACCAUGCUCAGGAGACAAAUGGCUGUUAGCACAGCAGCCAGUCCCAGCCAUGGCAUUACCUUGCCAAGACCCUACCCAGUCAGCAAACCUGUGCACACCGUGACGUCUCUUGGUGGCCGCGGGGCGGAGAUCGAUGUGGACUACGGCACGGAUGAGACUGAGGAGGAGCCUGUGGAGUACAGUCCCGGGGAGGUGAUGAUGGAGCAGAUGAGUUCUGAAUGGUGGGUAGAGGGGGGCCAAACGGAGCACAGCAGACCCCCGCACCGCCGAGGAGCAAAGGUUGAUCCACAGGCAAAUGUCACUGCAGGCCAGCCACAAUGGGAACCAAGCCAAAUCCCACCACUGGAGGCAGGUGCAUCAUGGGGAGGCCAAGCAGAGCCCUCAUCUAAACCAGCAUGCCUGCAAACCAAACAACACAAAGGUGUCGUUAAUUCACCAAAGAUGAAGGGAAACGGUGACAUACGCAUCUUUGUGGCUCUCUUCCCUUAUGAUCCUGCUAUCAUGUCCCCCAACCCCGAUGCUGCUGAGGAAGAGCUGCCCUUCAGUGAAGGACAGAUCAUCAAAGUUUAUGGAGACAAAGAUGCUGAUGGGUUCUACCGAGGGGAGUGCGCUGGUCGCCUGGGCUACGUGCCAUGCAACAUGGUGUCUGAGAUCCAGGUGGAGGAUGAGGAAACCCGGCAGCAGCUGCUGCAUCAGGGCUUCCUGUCCACAGCAGCCUCCAUGGAGAAGAUUGGCACUCGCACACACGCACAGCUUCCACGCUGCCCCGUUCCACCGCCGAAACCGAGACGAUCCAAAAAAGUGGAGUCUACAGCACUCUGGGAGGAGCGCACGGACUCUUCAAGUCAAGAUCCCACCCAGACGUCUGCAGCUGCCACGGAAAACCCAACGCCAGGAGCUCGCAGGAUGGUAGCCAUCUUUGAUUACGAUCCACGAGAGAGCUCACCCAACACCGACAUAGAGGCCGAGCUGACCUUCAGUGCCGGUGACAUCAUACACGUGCUUGGCGAUAUGGAUGAAGAUGGAUUCUUCUACGGGGAGUUGAACGGGCACAGAGGUUUGGUGCCCUCCAACUUCUUGCAGGCUUUGCCCCAAGCUGCUGCAGCAGCAGAACCAGCACCAGAACCCAGGAAGGAAUCCCAGGGGAGCCCGAUGUCGACUGCACAGCAGCAGGAACCUCAGUCCUCAACACUUGAAGACACUUUGAAUCUCCAAACAGAGCAUCCUCGCUCUGAGCAAACUGAGCCCACAGAACCACAACCCAGUAAUCCAGUAACCACGACAGACGCGCCUUUGGACCCGAGUCCAGCUGCAGAGGAGGCCUGCUGCGCUCCCCCGGCACAUGGCCCAAUGCAGACAGAAUGCUCUGCACAAGGCAAGAAGAAAAAAAGCUUUUUCUCCAAAGGGAAGAAACUUUUCAAAAGGCUGGGCUCCAGCAAGAAACAAUGAGUUAACAUACCGAACUCACAAAGCUAAAGCACUUUUUCCUGUUUGCUCGUUGUCCACGUUGGUAGCUAUCAGCUAUAAUAGCUGCUGCUUCAACCGCCAUUCUUUACAACCUGAGAGUACCAGUAGACCGGCUGUUAAAUUAAAUUUUAACACAUCAACAUGCAGUUUGCAGCAUGUUAAAAGUGCAUGUUUACGUGUAUAAAAUCGCUAUCAAAAUGAUCUGAUCCAAGAGUCAGAAAAUUAGAGGCUAUUGGUAGAAACGGGCCCUAGUAGUGUUAUUUGGAACAAUACAAUGCAGAAUAAUUUAUUUUAUGGUCCGGAGCCCUGGUUCAUGUGCUGGUGCCACGUUAUGUAUCGAAGCACCAGUGAAUCUCUGAAAAUGCACUAAAUAUCCAGACUGGAUGUGUUCUAAAUGUCUGUCUGCUUGUCCCUUUUUAUUACCAUGCUCAUAUUUUGAAGAGAAUUAAGGCGUUAUUUUAUUAUUGGGCUCCUGCACUAAUCGUCACCUCAUUAGACGAUGUCAUAACAGGAAACAAGCUGUCAGAGUUCCACUUUAGUAGGUACAGAUUAGAUCUAAUUAAAUAUGGGGAAGGGUAACCGUCAGCAGUCUGCUGAAGCAUAACAUGAAGAAACAUCGGUUUCUGUGUGUGUGUGUGUGUGUGUGUGUGUGUGUGUGUGUGUGUGUGUGUGUGUGUGUGUGUGUGUGUGUGUGUGUGUGUGUGUGUGUGUGUGUGUGUGUGUGUGUGUGUGUGUGUGUAUAUAUAUAUAUUUCAGUCAGCGAAGCUGAGUGUGACAGUGUGAGACUGAAACAACUUUCUCUGCUGGUGCAGGAACUUUCACUGUCGUGAUCAGCAGGCUGCUCCUUUCGUCAGCUUCAUGUAUUUAGUGAUAUCACAAAAUAUUCUGGUGUGACUGAAAAUCCACAUUAGUGUAUCAAGUCAAACACCUGGCCAAGUGGUUAAUGCACUUCUUUUAAAAACAGAAGGGUCCCGGUUCAACACCAUCCGUGCUCAUUCUGUAUGACAAACUCUGAGCAAGGUUGCCCUCAGUUCUUGAUGUCUCAUGUUAACGUUUUUCAUACUCUGAAAAUUUGACGCUGAGUUACACUAAGCUUGCACCAAUCCAGCUUAAACCAAGUGGAAAUCAAGCUGUGGUGCAGGGACUCGGUUACAAAACCAGUCCGGGUGUAAUCAACCUUUCUGGAUUUGCCCAAACAGCACAUUGAGCCCCCCAGCGAGCCGAUCAGCAGAACUCUGCACCGAACUUGGGGAGGUGGAAGAUCAGCUUCUCUUCCUCCUCCAUGUGCAGUGAAAACAGUGUCCUCAACAUUGAAUGUUUAACUGCUUUGACAAUAGUCUCCUUACUUAAGUUAUUUAAUAAGGAAAAUACCAAAUUCGUUAUUUAAAAUGUGAACAUUUGCUGCUUUUCUUUUGUAUAAUAAUCUAAAUUAAAUAUCUUUUGUUUUGGACAAGACCUUUGAAGAUAUAAACCGCAGCUCUGGGAUAUUUUGUUGGGCAAUAAAACUACUUUUUGACAUUUUAUAUACUUAAGAAUUAAUUCUAAAAGUAAUCAGCAAAAUCAUUAAUGUGGGACUAAUUGUUAGUUUGUGGCUGUAGAAUUUUUACACUCCAAAAUGACACAAAUGACAAUAACUGUAGCGAUGUGGUGUUUUAACAUUCUGAAGAUCCGGGACUGAUGCAAGACUGAGGCUGUACUGUAUGUUUUUUGUUUUGCUUGUUUUUAAGGGGUGGGUGUUUUAAAAGUUGCCGAAAUGUGCAGUGAUUAUUUGUACUGUUGUAUUUGACGGCCUUUAAUGCACAAGUAUUCCUCCACCUGUUGUGUAGUGAGUCGGCGGCUCCACCUUUAUCCGCCGCAGUACAAAAACCUCUUCCUGUUCACCAAACAUGACCCAUAGCUUGUAUUUAGAUCUGCUAAUAAUAUUUAGCCUUACGAGACCUUGUUUAGUCUUAACAUGUUGUUUACAGGAUGUUUAUUCACUGCAUGCACACAAACCAGUGUUACACCCAUGUUCGGCCUUAUUUAUGUUGUUGUCAUAUUUAUGUUUUUCUAGGUUGAUUUGUUGCAAUAUUUGAUACGUAGGCUGUCGAUGCAGUGGGAAACGAGCUGUAGGAUCUGGCUGUAUAUAAUGACCAUGUGGUAUAUUUUUAUUUUUCUCCUUCCUGUCCAGCAUUCAUUGUUUCAAACCUGUGGGUGAUUUACCUUUUAUAUCUUGUUUUUAUUACCCCUUUUGUGUAAAUAUUUUUGUUAAUAUUAUUUUUCAGAUGUCUUUUUGCAUGACCAGGCAGUGUUGAUGGACAGAAGGUAACUACUAGAAUACAGAGGACUUGAAAUUGUGAUGGCUUCUUUCAAUAUGACUCUUUUUACAUGAAUAAAGUAUGUAUAUUUUCACAG